UAUAUUUUCUCUUCUUUUAAAAAGAUUUUUUAUAAAAAAAAAUCCAAACGAUAUAUAAACAAGUGUGCUCUGCUCUAUGCAUCUACUUGUUGUGAAUCAACAUAAAUAUUCCGUUUUGCGUUUCUCUGCCUAAAAGGAUUGAAAGAUGGGUCAAGCACUAGGUUGCUAUCAAGUUGAUCAGUCAAAUGUGGCUAUCAAGGAGCAUUUUGGAAAAUUUGAUGAUGUCCUAGAACCUGGAUGUCAUUGCCUGCCUUGGUGUCUUGGGUACCAGAUUGCUGGUAGUUUGUCACUGCGUGUGCAGCAACUUGAUGUUCGAUGUGAGACGAAAACCAAGGACAAUGUCUUUGUCACUGUGGUUGCAUCUGUGCAAUACCGAGCUGUGUCUGAGAAAGCAUCUGAUGCAUUCUAUAGGCUUACCAACACAAGGGAGCAGAUCCAAUCAUAUGUUUUUGAUGUCAUCAGGGCCAGUGUACCAAAGUUGGAGUUGGAUUCUGUCUUUGAGCAGAAGAAUGAUAUAGCAAAGGCUGUGGAGGAGGAGCUUGAGAAGGCCAUGUCAACCUAUGGAUUUGAGAUAGUCCAGACUCUCAUUGUUGAUAUAGAGCCUGAUGUUAAUGUCAAGAGAGCAAUGAACGAGAUUAACGCAGCUGCUAGAUUGAGGUUGGCUGCAAAUGAGAAGGCUGAAGCAGAAAAAAUACUGCAGAUCAAAAAAGCUGAGGGAGAAGCAGAAUCCAAAUAUCUGUCAGGACUCGGUAUCGCUCGCCAACGUCAAGCCAUUGUGGAUGGACUGAGGGACAGUGUGCUUGCUUUCUCUGAGAACGUGCCUGGGACAACAGCUAAAGAUGUCAUGGACAUGGUGCUGGUGACUCAAUACUUUGACACCAUGAAAGAGAUUGGAGCAUCUUCAAAGUCCUCAUCUGUUUUCAUACCACAUGGUCCUGGCGCAGUUAAGGACAUUGCCAUGCAGAUUCGGGAUGGUCUGCUUCAGGCCACCACUUCACAGAAUUAAGCUUUCCUGGAGUUGUAAAUAACAAAUAGUAGCAUGCCAGAUUUUUUUUCAGUAAAUGCUUUUCUUGUUUGAACUUAAAAUGUCUGCAUCUUUACUCUUAUAUUGGAUAGAUUCAUGGCAGUGUCUAUUUUUAUGCGUGUAAGUACUGAUGUGCAGUUUUGAAUACUUGUUUGAGGAUAGUCUUAAUGUCAAGUUGCUUGUGAAUCAUAUUAUUUGGGGGUUUGUUAUGUAAGAAUUACUUCCCAGAGGAUGUGCUUUUCUUUCAGUCCUGUCUUGCAAGUGAAUGUGUAAAUUUGUAGUUCUCUAUAUUUACUAUUUGAUGUACAUUGUUUCCA